CAUGAGAUGUUACAUGAGGUUUCUUCUUACCAAUACUUACGCUUGAGAUUUUCGCCAAAAAAUUCCUUGAAUCUCUACUAGUGCACAUUCAAAAACUGGCACCAUGGCCAGAUUGAAUGCCUCCAACCCGACAGUCCGCGCUGGUCGUGCUAGCCCCACGAAGACAUCAUCCUCAUCGUUCUCCAUGACAAUAAAUUCGCCACUGAGACCAAAGCUACAGAAAAAGAAAAAGAGCAGUAGCACGGAGUUCAAAAUUUUCGAAGACGAACAAUCGGCAGAUGACGAGCAGAUUCAAGAAUCGUAUACUACCGAACCCAUCCAGACAGCCAGGCCGAUGGCCCCUCUGAAACUCGCGCAUACGAAUUCCAUCACGUCUGGUCUAUCAAAGAGAGCUUCACAGGGAAGCUCUGGUUCCGAUUCUAACCGGUCUAGUGGUAGUUUCGAAGACGAAGAAAGCUCCGACAAAGAGAACAUAUUCAUCGAAGACGAAGCAGAAGAGACCUCAGAAGAGGAGGAGGAGGAGGAGGGGGAGGGAGAAGAACAAGAAGAAGAAGAAGAAGAAGAAGGAGAAGAAGACAAUCAACCAGAGGAAGAGAGCAACCUGGAAGGAUAUGCGGAACGAGAGGAAUUUGACAGCCCACGGCAACUUUCGGUCAACACACGAAAACCAAAGUUCAUGCGGUACCGAGACACAGAGCUAGAGGCAGAGUCGGAUACACAGUCUGAGUGCAGCUCUGACGAAGAGGACGGACACGGUUCUCUCGAUGAUUUUAUUGUCAGCGACAACGAGGAUAUCAGUUACUACGAGUCGGAGCCUAAUGACCUGUCGGAAGAUGACGACGAGGAACAAAAUGAAGAGGUUAAAGCUCCAUCACCAAAGCCUGUACGAAGAAGGCUUCUGAGAGGACGCAAACCUCGAACAUCUAGCAUUAAAUUGGAAGAGCUCAACAUUUCGGAGAAUCAUCAUUUCACUGACUCACCAAAGAUAUCUACACCCCGUAGAUCUAUGAACACCAGAUCACCAGCGCAUAUCAGUCCAUGCUCCCCGCAGUUACUAUCAGAUGGCAACUCCAAUGAAAAAGAAGCAAAAUCAAAGGUUGAAAAGGUAAAGAGAAGUCCACUGCGCGAGAGUAUCAAUUCCCUACCAUCAAUAUCGGAUUCUCCUACCAAAAAACGCCUGGAUAGGAAGCUUGAGACUCCACCUCCUAGUCCCUCAAAGAUUGCACUUCCAUCUCCAUCCAAGACUAACUAUCGGAUACCACCCUCCCCUCACCGCCAAAGCUCUGACGCAUUCUGGAGCCAGGAAGUCACUAAUGCCUGGAAUGACCAGUGGUCUCCUCAAAAACAAAGGCCAAAAGGCAGAGCUCUAGAACGACUACUUGCCGUAGUUGAAAAUGACCUAGAUGACGAUAGCGAUGCAAAUUACGUUUUAUCAAAGGAGGCAAAUUCACCAACUCAAGAAAAGCCCGCAAAAACAAAAACUCCCAGCAAGACGGCACUUAAGAAGGCAGAAGUAGCCCUUAGAAAAAAAGCCGCGGCCCGUAAAAAGGCAUUCGAUGAAAGAAAGACCACCAUUGCACAUGACUUUCUCAUUACAGUCGAUGAAAUGGUAUCCGGUGGACAAGUCAAAAGCCUUGCCGAGAAGACUGGUGGUAUCAAGAUCACAUGGAGCAAAACACUGCGAAACACCGCUGGUCGCGCAAACUGGAAACAAGAACGAAUCAACCAAGCCGGUAGAAAAACCGAAUACAUUCACCACGCCUCCAUUAACCUCGCUGAGCACAUCAUCGACGAUGAAGACCGACUAUUAAACACCCUCGCUCACGAGUACUGCCAUCUUGCAAACUUCAUGAUAUCGGGAGUCCGUAAUCAGCCCCAUGGCGCAAGCUUCAAAACUUGGGGCCAGAAAUGCACCGAUGCUGUUAGGAAACAUCCCGAGUACAGGAAGUUCCCUGUGGAAGUCACUACCAAGCACUCAUAUAAGAUCGACUAUAAAUACGUCUGGAUCUGUGUUGAUUGCGGGCACGAGUACGGAAGACAUUCCAAGAGCAUUGACCCUACCAAGUGCAGAUGCUCCAUCUGCAAGGGCGGGCUGCAGCAAAUUAAACCCAAGCCGAGGAACAUGUCCCCGAAAAAGAACUUUUUCAGUAAGCCGCAGCAGUCAGAAGAGGUCACCACUAGCAAUGAAUCAACCCUCGUUGAUGAUAUGAUUCAAAGCGUUGGCAACGUUAGUUUGGCUUGAAGAAUUUUCACAUGGGAAUGCAUUUCUUAGAUGAUUUUUCAUUGUAUAAAGAUCUUUUUGUCAUAAUGGUGUUUAGAGUAUGUCAGAGAAGACUGUCAAACCGGUUCUUUUGUAAUUAUUUUUUUUUUGGGUUCUUAAUGACGAUUGACUGUCGAUUUUUCCGUGUGAUAUUGAUCGGUUGAGGCUGUAAAUGUCUUCGGAGGCACUCCUCAAUAUUUAAUAAUAAAUGAAUACGAG